AUGGCAUCUGAAAACUUGUUCAGCUGGCUGAAGGAUGACGUACUGCGGAGGCCUACAUACUCUCGCUUUUGUGCACUUCUUGACAACUACAACCCACGCCAAGGAUACAAGGAAUUAGUCACCCAGCAGGACAAGAAUGAAGAAGCUGCUUUUAUUGAGGAGAUUGCUAGAAGUGCACCAAUCAAAUUCUUACACCGGUAUCUGGUGCUGAAGGGAAUCACGUCUCAGGACCAGAAGGACUUCACGAAAAUGCUGGCAUCCCUGUGGUUUGAUUUGUAUGGAAGGGGUGGAUGCUCUGGUAGCUCUUCUGCCUUUGAGCAUGUCUUUGUAGGAGAGAUCAAGGGGCGGUGUCGAGGUGAGCAUGAGGUCACAGACUUCCACAACUGGACUCAGUUUUACCUGGAAGAAUCCAAAGGCAAUGUGGAUUACCAAGGGUACAUAUUUCCAAAGAAAUACGGGGACCAUCCAGACUCUCAGACGCAGCUGCUCACCAUUCAGUUUGAGUGGCAUGGCUUGCUGAAAUCUGUAUCCAGCACAUUGAUUGGCGUCAGUCCUGAGUUUGAGAUUGCGCUCUACACGCGCUGCUUCUUUGCUGGAGAGGAUAAUAACCAUGUCCAUGUGGGUCCAUAUGCGAUCAACAUCAAGUGCUACAGGAUGGGGGUUAACAAGAUCGGAUCAGCUUUCCCUGUCGCAGAACAUUGA